AUGUGGCCCCUCGGAUGUGGCUGGAGCUUGAGGCGCGCAGGGCUGGAGACGCUGCAGACCCCGCAGACCCGGAGCAGCUCGGAGGCGGUGAAUAAUAGCUCUUCAAGUCUGCAAUAAAAAAUGGCCUCCAAUAAAACUACAUUGCAAAAAAUGGGAAAGAAACAGAAUGGAAAGAGUAAAAAAGCAGAAGAGGCAGAGCCUGAAGAAUUUGUGGUGGAAAAAGUACUGGACCGACGUGUAGUGAAUGGGAAGGUGGAGUAUUUCCUGAAAUGGAAGGGAUUUACAGAUGCUGACAAUACUUGGGAACCUGAAGAAAAUUUAGAUUGUCCAGAGUUAAUUGAAGCAUUUCUUAAUUCUCAAAAAGCUGGUAAAGAAAAAGAUGGUACAAAAAGAAAAUCUUUAUCUGACAGUGAAUCUGAUGAUAGCAAAUCAAAGAAGAAAAGAGAUGCUGCUGAUAAACCAAGAGGCUUUGCCAGAGGUCUUGAUCCUGAACGAAUAAUUGGUGCCACAGACAGCACUGGAGAAUUAAUGUUUCUCAUGAAAUGGAAAGAUUCAGAUGAGGAAGACUUGGUGCUGGCAAAAGAGGCAAAUAUGAAGUGUCCUCAAAUUGUAAUUGCUUUUUAUGAAGAGAGACUAACUUGGCAUUCUUGUCCAGAAGAUGAAGCUCAAUAUUUGUUUGUGUUGCUUUUUAUAUAUAUAUACAUAUAAA